CCGGCGGGUGGGGAAAUUAAGAACGCCUCGCCGCCCGAUUGGCUGAAGCGGGAGCCUCCCGCGCCGCGAUUGGCUGCCAAGGACGCCGUCUCGCGCUGGGGCGUGGCGUGAAAGGCGGUUCGCUGAGGGGCGGUAGGUGCGUCGGAAGCGCUCGCCGGGCGGGAGGCGAAUGGCAUUGCCGGCGCUCGUGAGGAGCUUUAUCGAAUCUUGGCUCGCCACCAUGAGACACAGCCUGGUGUGCCACACACCUCCUGCUGCCCACCUGAAGCCCAGUGCCUCCAGAGCCCAGCAGCACAAAAAGCUGGUCAGACCGAAGCGGCGUUCUUCCAGAAACUGCCGAGAAAACUGUGAGAAAAGGGUUCCUAAUGGUACCUACGGCCAGCCAAAGGCACCGUGCCUUGUGAUUCAGCGCCAGGAAAUGACAGCUUUCUUUAAACUCUUUGAUGAUGAUCUAAUUCAAGACUUCCUAUGGAUGGACUGUUGCUGUAAAAUUGCAGACAAGUAUCUUUUGGCAAUGACAUUCGUUUACUUCAAGAGAGCUAACUUCACAAUAGAUGAGCAUACCAGACUCAAUUUCUUUGUUGCUCUGUAUCUGGCAAAUACAGUGGAAGAAGACAAUGAAGAAUCAAAGUAUGAAAUUUUCCCAUGGGCUCUGGGAAAAAACUGGAGAAAACUCUUUCCUGAUUUCUUAAAGUUAAGAGAUCAUCUAUGGAGUAGAAUUGACUACAGGGCUAUUGUAAGCAGACGUUGCUGUGAAGAGGUAAUGGCUAUUGCUCCAACACAUUACAUAUGGCAGCGAGAACGCUCUGUGUACCACAGUGGAGCCAUAAGGAACUACAACAAAGAUGAAGCACAGCUGCCACGAGGACCUAAUAAUUCUCCUAUCCCCUGUUACCUCUGUGGUAAGAAAGGAAGAUUUGUACGACUGGGAUUAUCAUCAUCUUCCUCCUCAUCAACUAGUAGUUUAGAAGUGACAGAGUUAUGUUCAUCCCAGGAUUUGAAGGACACCUUUGCAAUUGAAAAAAUGCUAGUUGACUCUCCUGCUUCUUCUGCCCAAGGUAUGGUUAAAUACUGCAAAUAUUUUUGAAUUAGUUUAGGCAACUGAGGCUGUAUUUGCCCUUUAAAACACAGUAAGGACCGCUUUAUCCUUGGUGUGAUAAGAUGAUCUGUUUCCUUUAAGUGCAGCUCUGUCUUUGACAGAAUUUAUGCAAGAUACUCUUU